AUGACUCUGUCUAAGGAUUAUGAAACGACCCAACGCCAAGUGGUCCUCCCCACGGAGGAGGACGAAAUAGACAUUGUCGGGGAGGAUGAUCCGCAGGCGCGACACCUUGCCGGCGAUUUUUCCCCCCUUAGUAGUGGUUCGGAGGCGACUGCGUCGGCUGAGUCCACCACAGAGCUCGACGGUUCUGAGGUCGAUUCUUCUGGGGAGAGCGAGAGCAGUUACUGCGCGGAGGUCGGCUCAUCCGGCGGACAGAACAGCUCGGUCAAACCUCCGUACUCGUACAUUGCGCUCAUCACCAUGGCAAUCCUGCAGAGUCCACAGAAGAAGCUGACCUUGAGUGGCAUCUGCGAUUUCAUAAGUAACAAGUUUCCCUAUUACCGGGAGAAGUUUCCCGCGUGGCAAAACUCCAUAAGGCACAACCUCUCCCUCAACGACUGUUUCAUCAAAAUCCCAAGGGAACCCGGAAAUCCAGGCAAGGGCAACUACUGGUCCCUGGACCCAGCUUCUGAGGACAUGUUUGACAACGGCAGUUUCCUUCGUCGAAGGAAACGGUUUAAAAGGAACCAACCGGAGUAUGCCAAAGACACCGUUAUGUUUUACCCCAAUUUCAGCUGUUACCGACCCUACGGACGGCCUUACGGUGUACAGGGCCAAGCCAGCAUGCAGGCGGCGUCCCUGAGGUACAUGCCAUUACAGGACGGAGUUGUGAUGCCGCCGUCCUCAUAUUUUCAGUACCCGGGCGUGGGCAGCGGCAAAGUCCCCGAACCCAAGGGAUUUCAGGUGCAGCUGUGCGCGGCCUCUCUGGAGCAGAAACCCGUGCGCGGGACGCAGACCAAGUGUUCCUUCAGCAUUGACAGUAUUAUGGGCAAGACGUCGCCUUCCUGUUCACCAAAUUCGAACAACGCCGAGUCGUCGGUUGACUAUUCGAACAUCUUCACGAGAUCAGCAACCUGUUUGGUUCCGACAAUGUUUUCUGCACCAAGAACUUCAUUUUGUCCGGCUCCCUUGUUAAACGCCGUCCCGUCAAUCCCAGACGCUGUCCAGGUGUCAUACCCACAUUGCUAA